GUCACCGAAGCCCGGAGAGAAAAAGACAUAAAUACGUGGCCCGUGCACAGUCGGCACUCGUUGCUCUGCUGCGCUCCCAAAACCCCGAGAUCGCACGAGGCAACGCGCCAGGACUCCAUCUCUCUCGCCGGUAGCCACCACCACCACCCACAUCCCAAUCUCACGAGGAGCAGCCCACCGCCAGUGCCCCUCCCAACACCGGCAGCUUGGCGGCGGCAAAGCGAUGGCCUCCAGGAUGGCGCUCCACCCCCACGACGUCACCCUACGCCUCUCCCCUCCCAUCGCAGCGCGCCGCCGCCGCCGAGGCAGCGUCAGGGUCUUCGCCGUCGCCUCCACCCCCUCCACCAAGGUUGACAGUAAGAAGCCAUUUGUUCCUCCAAGGGAGGUACAUGUCCAGGUUACACAUUCAAUGCCUUCUCAGAAGAUUGAAAUAUUCAAGUCUCUUGAUGACUGGGCUAGAGAUAAUAUCCUGACGCAUCUAAAGCCAGUCGAGAAGUGUUGGCAGCCACAGGAUUUCCUCCCUGACCCAGCAUCUGAUGGAUUCCAUGAUGAAGUUAAGGAGCUCAGAGAACGUGCCAAAGAAAUCCCUGAUGAUUAUUUUGUUUGUUUGGUUGGAGACAUGAUUACUGAGGAAGCUCUUCCAACAUACCAGACUAUGCUCAACACCCUCGAUGGUGUCAGAGAUGAGACAGGUGCAAGCCCAACUGCCUGGUCUGUUUGGACGAGGGCAUGGACUGCUGAGGAGAACAGGCAUGGUGACCUCCUAAAUAAGUAUCUGUUCCUCACUGGGAGGGUGGAUACGAGACAAAUUGAAAAGACGAUUCAGUACCUUAUUGGUUCUGGAAUGGAUCCAAGGACUGAGAAUAAUCCUUAUCUUGGUUUCAUCUACACCUCCUUCCAAGAGCGGGCGACCUUCAUCUCACACGGGAACACUGCUCGCCAUGCCAAGGACUAUGGUGACCUAAAGCUUGCACAAAUCUGUGGCAUUAUCGCCUCAGAUGAGAAGCGGCAUGAAACUGCUUACACCAAGAUUGUUGAGAAGCUGUUUGAGAUUGACCCUGAUGGCACCGUGCUUGCUCUAGCUGACAUGAUGAAGAAGAAGAUCUCAAUGCCUGCCCACCUGAUGUUCGACGGGCAGGACGACAAGCUAUUUGAUCACUUCUCCAUGGUCGCACAGAGGCUUGAUGUUUACACCGCCAGGGACUACGCGGACAUCCUUGAGUUCCUUGUGAACAGGUGGAAGGUGGUUGACCUGAUCGGCCUGUCCAGCGAGGGGCAGAAAGCCCAGGACUACCUUUGCACCCUUGCUGCAAGGAUCAGGAGGCUGGAUGAGAGGGCCCAAAGCAGAGCCAAGAAAGCUGGUACAAUGCCUUUUAGCUGGGUAUAUGGUAGGGAGGUUCAACUGUAAGCAUCGAACGCCAUUGUGACUGCUUGAGUUCCAGCGUGCCAUCUGUCAUGCAUCCUGAGACGCAUCGCGAAGGCAAGAUCUGGUGUGCCUCAUUAAAUAGUUCUUCAGGUUGACCAAAUGGGCCGGGAGCAUCCGUUCGUCGUCGGUGUCAUCUCUUAGAGCGAUAGGGAGAUGUCAGUCUGUGUUCUAGCUUUCUUUUCUGCUUUGAUGUACGACUUCAGGCGGUGUGUUUCAGUAUGCUAUUUGUGUUGUUCAGAUCUGUUAAAAUUUUGUGAGGUAUGAAGUGCUGUUACCUCUCAUCUGUAACCCAAUGGGCCUCAUUGCCCUGAAAUAUCCAAUGUCAAACAUAUUUCAGAGUUUCAGCUGAAGGCCACUGAUAAAGGCAUCAAGCUGCGGCAAGUUAAAGAUGUUGCAA